AUGGGAAAGUACCACGAAAAACAGUCCUGGAAAACUAAAUAUUUUCAUGAAAAAUUCACCCAGCUACUACUUCUACGUACAUCUCAUAUAAAAGAUAAGAAAUACCUGGCCAGAGAGAGCUGGAUUUAUGACUCAGUAGUAGAUCAAGGAGAUUUGAUUGAAAUUCAAGACUUAUUUGGGCCUGGCCCAGGUACCCAGGAAGAACCUCACACAGUCAUACUAUAUGGGGCUGCUGGAACUGGGAAAUCAACACUGGCCAGGCAGGUGAGAGGAGCCUGGGAGGAAGGACGGCUAUACAGGGACCGCUUCCAGUAUGUCUUCUAUUUCAACUACAGAGAGCUGACCCAGUACAAGUUGAACAGCCUGGAGGAGCUCAUGAUAACAGACUGGGAGUCAUUUGCAGUUCCCAUCAAGAAUAUCCUAUCUUGUCCAGAACAGGUGCUCUUCAUCAUGGACAAUGUGGAUCAGCCGAUAACAAACCUGGAAACUCUUGGUAAGACCCUCGAUCACCCCUGCUGCCUGCUGGAGACCCUGAGGCUUCUUGGCUGUGGCCUCACCUCCAACUGCUGCCAGGAUCUGGCCUCUGUGCUCAGCACCAGCUCCAGCCUCAAAGAGUUGGACCUGCAGCAGAAUGACCUGGGAAGCUUUGGUGUGCAUCUGCUCUUUGAGGGUCUCAGGAAGCCCAAAUGCCAACUCAUACUACUAUGGCUGGAUGUCACUCUGCUAAGUGAUGAGGAGCUGAGGAUCCUGGAGCAAGAGAAACCACAGCUGCUCAUCUCCAGUGGACAAUAUCCAGAUACAAGGAUCCCUACAGAAGACCCGGAAGGCGGAGAAGAGAGGUGCAGCACAUCCUCAUUCAAGCAGAUACCACAGUCAGGUGACCUGCACAUGGAGACCCUGGACAAUAAAGGUGCAAUCUGGAGCACCACAAGUCCUCUUCCUCUGAUGUUAAUUGACAAAAAGAGGAGCCAUUGGAGAGUUCACUUCCCUGUGGCUGGCUACUACCACUGGCCUUAUACGGGUCUCAGUUUUAUGGUGAGAAGGGAGGUGACUGUUGAGAUUGAAUUCGGUGCCUGGGAACAAUUCCUGAGUAUGAAUGACCUGCAGGACACCUGGAUAGUGGCAGGACCUCUCUUUGACAUCAAGGCUGAGCAGGGAGCUCUGGCAGCUGUGCACCUCCCUCACUUCAUAGCCCUUCAAGGAGAACAUGUGGACAGAUCUCUGUUCCACGUGGCCCACUUUAAAGAGGAGGGGAUGCUUAUUCAGACGCCAUCCAGAGUGGAGGCACAUUACAUAGUCCUGCAAAACCCCACCUUCUCUCCAGUGGGAGUUCUAUUGAAAAUAAUUCCUGCUGCUCGGAGACUCAUCCCCAUCACCUGUACCACACUGCUGUACCAUCACAUCCAUUCUGAGGAAGUCAAACUCCAUCUCUACCUGGUCCCCAGCGACUGCACCAUACGGCAGGCCAUAGAUGAUGAAGAAAAUAGGUUCCAGUUCGAGCGAAUACACAAGCCACCCCCAACAAGCGACCUUUAUGUGGGAUCCCGCUACAUUGUGUCUGGCUCAGGAGAGCUGGAGAUCGUACCCAAGGAACUAGAGCUCUGCUAUCGAAGCCCCAGACAACCUCAGCUCUUCUCUGAGAUAUAUGUUGGAUAUUUUGGGUCUGGAAUCCUGCUGGAAAUGAGACACAAGAAAGAUGAGACAGUUAUAUGGGAGGCCUUGUUGAAACCAGGAGACCUGAGACCUAUAGCUUUUCUGUUGCCUCCACCUGUCAAAGCCUCACCUUCCACUCCAAAUGCCCCAGGCUUACAGCACUUUGUGGACAAGCAUCUGCAUCAGCUGGUGACCCGAGUAACUUCUGUAGAUGCUGUAUUAGACAAGCUGUUGAGUGGACGAGUGGUGAGUGGUGAACAGUAUGCCAGAGUGCGGGCUGAGGCCACCAAACCAGACCAGAUGCGGAAGCUCUUCAGUUUCAGCCCAUCUUGGAACUCAGUCUGCAAAGACAAACUUUAUGAAGCCCUGAUGGAGGUCCAUCCUCAUCUGAUCAUAGAUCUCUGGCAAGGGGUAGCAGACAGUUGGGGAGCCUCUGACUCCUCAGAAGCUGGGGUGUGAGUAUGUACCUUGCAGUUCUGUCUCUGUGUGACUUUCCUGAGGGCAUCCAUUUCUUCUCCUACAAAAGUUGCCAUGUGAGUAACCAAUAGCUUAAGUUAGAAGAUGCCAGUGUGAAGAAUAUCCAUCCAUGCCCAGGAUGCCUCACAGAUAGUCAGUCAGUUUCCCUUGGCUUUCACAGGCCAGUAGGCCAGGUGUGACGACAGCAUCUCUGAGAAUAUUCAUCAGAACUGGAUGAGACUCCUGCUGACCUACAGACCCUGGUGUCUGCCCAUGGAACAACGCCAGAACCUUCCCACCUGAUAUAGAUAAACACAGGAGUAUGAAUGCCUUGGGAGUGUUCAUCUCUGCCCAGAGAACACUGUGAAAAGAACAUAUGUUCUUGGUUGUUGUAACUGGUUAUAAAUACAAAUAACAAUAUAUUUAUUUGUUAGUUAUUACAUGCAAUCAAAAUCACAUGUGGUCUUGGCUGAAAGCCUCUUAGAGGAGCAGCACUACAUGUAUUCUUUAAAGAUUUCCUUUACUGCAAUUAGUUAAUGAAGAGUUCUGCUCAUAGUAUUCCCACACCCAGAUUCCUAUGUAAAAUAAAACAUUCCUGUUACUUUGUGUGGUAAAACACCCAUCGGCAUAGGUGCAUGCUUGCGUUUGCUGCCACUAUAAGCACAGGCUCAAAGACAUUUGUUAAAUACAGUGAAUGGAUUCUGAAAUGAUCAUCUUUAAAAGUUGUGUUAAGACACCCCCCACCUCUGUCAUGCCACAUACUCCCUCUUGUUCUUGAUAUAUGGCCCAUCCACUAUUUUAUGUGCUUGGUCAUUCUCUUUCUUCACCACUUUUCACCUGAACUAUAUUACUGCUGAUACAAGUCUUCCAGAUUUUGGUCUCCAGUAUUUUUCCAUGCUCCUUUAAGUUUGCUUACAGUCCUCAAGGAAAGUGCUACCAUGAACCCCAGCCAUAAUCCCCAAGUCUCAUUCUGCUCAGCACACUGGCUCUAGGGUUCCAUCUAAGGAGUUCUGUAGCUGGGCAUCUCACACCAGCCAGAACACCUAGGGAUUGAUCAUGACACUGAGGUAAACACUCACUGGGCCUCUUACUCUGAUUAUACCUGCUGAGUGUUGUGUUCUCUAUCAUCCUGCACCAACAGUGAGGCUCAGUUUGUUCCUCCUGGGUGCAAUGUAACAAAAUAAGAUCCUGUUUCACCUGGGCCAAAACCUCCAACCUCCAUAGCAUCCAGUGUUCUCUCUCAGUCUAGGGAAAAAUCAGAGCCUACUGUUGAUGGUGCAAUAACACAGAAGGGACAAAUUACUAUGACCCAAGGGAAACAACAAUGGUCUU